CCCUUGCUCUUCACCUUCACGUCUGUUCGUGAACCUGAACUCAGCUCGGACGGACUCUAUUCAUUGCGAUCUCCAUCUCAGUGAGCCGGCAGGUUGUGUUGUCGGUGUUUAACUGAGACUAUUUCAAUUUUCAGUCUUUAAUUCUAAAUCAUUAUGAGUAGUAUUAAACGAGAUAAUAAUUCAAUUGUUCUCUCAGCGGUACAUAUCCUACUUGAUAUUGAAGGAACUACAUCUUCAAUUUGUUUUGUUAAGGAUGUCUUGUUCCCUUAUGUUCGAAACCACCUGGAGGAAUACUUGGAUAAGAAUUGGGAUAUAUCUCAUGUUCAAGAAAUUGUUCAAAACUUGAAGGCACAGGCCAAAGAUGAUGAAGAGAAGAAAGUUGAAGGUGUGAUUGCCAUUCCCGACUCUCAAGACAAAACGACUGUACUGCAAGCAGUCGUCAACAAUGUUAAGUGGCAGAUGGACAAUGACAGAAAAACCAAAUGUUUGAAAGACCUGCAGGGAUUAAUUAUGGAGGAAGGUUAUAAGAAAGGAGAGUUGAAAGGACAUCUUUAUGAUGAUGUUGAGCCAAGCCUCAAGUCGUGGACUGAAGAUAAUCGCUCUGUCUAUAUCUACUCCUCAGGCAGUGUUAAUGCACAAAAACUCCUUUUUGGUCACUCGGAGAAAGGUGACUUGUUGCCAUUGAUAAAAGGACACUUUGAUACAGCUGUUGGAAUGAAAGGGGAUGCAGCAAGUUAUAAGAAGAUUUUGACAGAAAUUUCCUGUAAUGCAACUGAUGUGGCUUUCUUUACAGAUGUCCCUACUGAGGCAAGAGCAGCUAAAGAGACGGGAAUCACAGCUAUACUACUAUCAAGAGAGGGAAAUAACCCAUUGACAGAUGUAGAUAAAGCUGAAUUUCCAGUAAUUACAUCUUUUACAGAAAUUGAGUUUGAAAAUAAUUGUAAAAAGAGGAAAGUGUGUUCUGAAACUGAUGUAACUAAUGAAAAUAAACAAGUUACAAACUGUGCAGUUUCUUUUGAGGGGGGGAGUGAACCAAGUAACCCUAAUAUCAAAUCUAAUGAUGAUGUAGAGAUGAUGGAAGUUGAAGAAAGUUCUACAACAGAAGACAGUACUAUAGAACAGAAGGCUGAACUUGGAGAAGGAAAGAAAGUUGAACUUGGAGAAGAAAAAAAGGCUGAACCUGGAGAAGAAAAAAAGGCUGAACCUGGAGAAGAAAAGAAGGCUGAACUUGGAGAAGAAAAGAAGGCUGAACCCGGAGAAGAAAAGAAGGCUGAACUUGGAGAAGAAAAGAAGGCUGAACUUGGAGAAGAAAAGAAGGCUGAACCCGGAGAAGAAAAGAAGGCUGAACCCGGAGAAGAAAAGAAGGCUGAACCCGGAGAAGAAAAGAAGGCUGAACCCGGAGAAGAAAAGAAGGCUGAACCCGGAGAAGAAAAGAAGGCUGAACCUGGAGAACAAAAUAAGAUUGAAAUUGGAGAAGAAUUGAAAAUUGAAGAUAAAAUACACCACAAAGAAAAUACUGAGCAGGAAGACGUUAAAAUUGUAGAAGAUAAAAGUGCAAUUCUUGAGGAAAACACUAACAAUCUUAUUGAACCAGUUGUUACAACUAAUGAAAAAGAAGGUGACAUUCCUGACAAAGAGAAGAUUGAACAGGCCAGUGAAAAAAAGGAAACUUUACCUGAUGAAAAUAGUUCUGGAAAGGGUGACAAUAAAAUGGAGGACAGUUGUGAAUCAAAAUCUAAAAUAGAAAAGAAAGACAUUUGUGAAAAUAUGGCAUCUGUAAAACCUGUAGAAAAUCCUGCAGAGAAUUCAAAAGAAAAUGUUAAAACUAUUUCUGAAAAUCAUGGUGAAUUGGAAUCAAAAGAUGAAAAGAUUUUAUGUGUGGAACAAGAAAAAGACACAUCGGAGGGGAAAAUAGAAACUCAAGAAAAAUGUGAAAAUAAGACUGAAGACAAUUGUAAGACAGAAUCAAAAAAAGAUAAUGAAAAGGAAUGUAAAGAAAAUGUAACGCUAAACUCAAGUGUUCCUUCCGACACAAAUAUAGAAAAAGAAAAGACUGAAAUCACUGAUGUAGAAAGCAAUGCUGAUAAAACAAAUAUUGUUAAUACAGAAACAUCUAUAUCUUUAUUGGAAGCUGAUAAAGAGAACAAAUCAAAGUCACCUAUUGCAAUUACCCAAGAGAGUGAUUCUCAUGAAAAAAAUACUGAGAAUAAUAUGGAGGUUACAGAAGAUAACCCCUCUCAUGAAAAUCCAUCAAUUGUACAUGAAUGUACAGAAAAAAAAGAUUUGGAAUCUCAAGAAGAGAAUAAAUUCGCUUCAAAUUCAACUGGAAAAGAAAACACGUCUGAAAAAAAUAAUGAAAUUUUAAAAACAGAUGAAUUAAUGGAAGUUGAACCUAGGGUAGAGCUUGAAACAAAAUCUCAAGAAGAUGUGGUUAAAAAAGACUCUUUUAGUAAAGAAGUUGAGAAAUCAUGUGAAACAAUGGAAGUUAAAUCUACAUUGGAGCUCAAAACUGAAUCUAAUAACAGUGAAUCUCUUAAAGAAGACUUGGAAUUGAAAUCAAUUGAGCCAAAAAAAGAAUCUGAAAUAGACAGUGCUAAAUCUCCUAUUGAAAAAUCUAAGUUAGAACCAAUUCAGAACAAUUCCAAUGCUGAUUGUAAAUCAGAUUUAAAAAUAGAAAAAUCUAUGUUAUCGGAAAUUGUUUCUGAUCACAAUCAGAAAACUGUAGUUUCAGAGAAUGAACCUGUGAAAGUUGAGGAAAAAGAAGCUCCAUCAGGAAAUUCACUGGCAAUGACAUCAGAUAAUGGUGAUGAUACUCAAAUGGAUUGUGAAACUGAACAAAUAGUUACUGAAGAAAAACAAAAAGACACCUGUAUUAAAGACUGUAAAACAAGAGUAAAUGGAGAUUCAGAUGAAUUAAUGGAGGUAGAGUCUGAAACCAAUAAAGUUGUUCCAGAAAAUAAGGAGAACUUUGAUGAAAAAUGUAAAGACACAGAUGACAAGGUUAAAGAAUCUAAAGAUGUCUUAGACAAACUUAGUGAUAAAACUGAGUCAAAAACAGCAGCAAAUGUUUUAUCCAAUGAAACAUUGACUAAUAAAGAAGAGCUUAAGACUGAAACAGAAGUUGCCCCUCUAGCAGAAAGUAACGGAAUAGCAGAAGAAACUGAUGUGAAGACAAAUGUUAGUAGUCAAAGUCAAACCACUCUGGAUGAGCAGGUAUCUGUAAAUGGCACUGGUAUGUCAGCAGCUGGCAAUGUAUCAAACGGUACUGCUGUUGAAUCACAGUUAAAUGGAUCAUCUAGUCCUGAUAUAAAACAAGAAAUAAGUAAUGAAAAUGAUGUAAAACCUAUUGAAGGGAAAAAAUGUGAUAAUACUGAAAACAGCACUCCUAUGGAAACGGUUGUUGAAGCUUGAAAUCUUCACUGUAUUUAUAUAUUCCUAUUUAUUUUAGUUUGUAGUUUUUUAAAACAUAAUUUAAAAUAAUUAUUCAGUAUUAUAUAACAGUAUGAAUACAAGGUUGUGCUUUUUUUUACUUAAGCUGUAUAGAAGUUCCUCUAUGUGAUAAAUAAUUUAAGUUUCCUUGUAUUUCGAUGUCUUCCUAUCGAAUGCUCACUUCAUAUUUAUGUAAUGUGAUAUAAUUAUCUUAUGAUCUAAUGUAGCUUUGUGUAUCUGGUCUGUAUUCUUAAUUUAUUUUAAUUUUAUUAAGUCUGACUGAUUGUGUUCUUAAAAAAAAUUAAGUCUUAAGUUUCAGCACAUCUACAUAAUAAGACUGAUUUUUUAAUUGUAAUUCUUGAAUUUCUACUUCAGUCAUGGAUCUAGGCUCUCAAGAUAGUGAGACCAAUAUUUAUUUAUUAUUUAUACUAUCCUAAAAAAGAGAGUGGCAUUAAAUAAUUAAAUAGAAGACUGACAAAUUGAUAAAAAUACUGUAAAACGAAGUUCAAGUAAAUGAAUGUGAUGGUUUUAAACCGGUGCUUUUAGCUUUGUAACUUUGUCUUUGUAACAUUAUCUGGGUUGUGUUUUAUACAAAUUGUGGUACAUUGUGGUUAACUUGAAAGCAGGGUAUUUCAACUUCACUGCCUGUAAAGACAUAAAAGCUAUGAUUUAGUAUAGCUUUGUAUUAUUUGUGUAGUGAACUUUGUUACACUUAAAAAAUAAAAAUGACUUUAUA